AUGGCGAUGUUGGUGGGUCAACAUUUUAGGACGUCGGCGUCUCGGGACUUUGAUACGUUUCCAUGCCUUUCCCCAGUUGUCCUAUUCAGCCGCAACCACAUAGAUUAUCCGGUGGCAAUGUGGGCCACCCAUAUGCUGGGAGGGGUGAUAUCGGGUGCCAAUCCUGAUUUUCUAGCAAAUGAACUGCUCUAUCAAGUCAAAGCCACCGGAGCCUCCAUGAUCAUUGCUCACCCCGAAUCUCUACAAGUAGCCCUCGAGGUUGCAGAAACGGCAGGGCUUCCACAGGAUCGCGUCGUUCUCUUGAAUGCGGAAAGCUCGAUGUCAACAUAUUCAAAGAGUAAACGAGACACCAUCGAUGAUUUGGUGGAAUACGGGCUCAAUGUGAAAACAUCAUUCUCUGAAAAGAGACUCGAUCCCGGAGAAGCGAAGACGAAACUUGCUUUUCUGAGCUUCUCGUCUGGAACAACGGGCCAGCCGAAGGCAGUGGCGAUUCCACAUUAUGCGUUGAUCGCAAAUGUUAUACAGAUGGCUGCGCACAAUAAAAUCAAUGAAAAUUAUUGCGCUUGGGAGGAUCAAAGAUACCGACCGGGGGAUAUCGCUAUUGGAGUGCUGCCGCUAUAUCGUGAGGAUACCUUAUGGAGUAUCGCCACCUUGUUGAUACUUUUUUCCAGACAUUUAUGGCCUUGUCGUCAAUCUGCAUUUUAUUUUACAUUGCGCGGUGAGCCCUAUUUAUUAACAAGCAUAAUUCAGUCACUCGAACAUCAAUUAAAGAUGACACUCGUGGUGGUUCCCAAGUUUAAUUUUGUCGGGAUGUUGGACAGCAUUAUUCGUCACCGCAUAACUCACCUCUUCCUGGUACCACCUCAAGUAGUACUCCUGUGCAAGCACGAGGCGGUCAAGCGCUAUGAUCUACGCCAGUACAUCAGAUUGAUUAUGUGCGGCGCAGCGCCUCUCUCCCAUGAGCUCAAUCAACAGCUUUUUGCGAUGUUUCCGGAUGCUCAUAUCGGGCAGGGCUAUGGUAAAGGAAUGACUGAGACUUGCACUGUGACGAUCAUGUGGCCCAUAACAACAAAGCGGGGAAAAUCAGGGAGUAGUGGCGUGCUCAUUCCGGGGACGGUCGCGCGUGUAGUCAAACCGGAUGGUUCAUUGGCUGGUUACGAUGAACCUGGCGAGUUAGUGAUCAAAUCACCUUCUGUGGCACUGGGAUAUGCGAACAACGAGCAAGCGUGGGUGAAAACCGGAGACGAAGUGCGGAUUGAUAAGGCGGGAGAGGUGACAGUCCUCGACCGCUUGAAGGAAAUUAUCAAGGUCAAAGGACUUCAAGUAGCACCAGCGGAGCUUGAAGGAUGCUUACUAGACCAUCCCGACAUAUCUAACGCUUGCGUUGUUGGUAUUCCGGAUGAUUAUUGUGCGAUUUUAUGCCUUGAGCAAUUUAGGAGACUUCUAACUCAAGCUUUCGCAGGCGGCGAAAUCCCGCUGGCUUUCGUUGUGCUCAACAAGGAAGCUGCAGGUCGGCUGAAACGAGACCCAGGGUUAUCUGCUCACCUGAAGGCAUCCAUUAUGAAGCAUGUCGCAGAUAACAAGGUCGGCUACAAACAUCUCGCGGGCGGCGUUGAGUUCGUUUCUGCCAUCCCUACGUCCCCUAGUGGAAAACUACUUCGUCGUGUUUUGCGAGAUCAAUCCAGGGAGAUGCGGAAGGCGAAGGCAAAGCUUUAG